GAGGCUAUACUCGCACGCACACACUGUUAACCGAAUCGCCAUACUCGAGCCAUUACACCAAAACAUCCUGCACGUUUUGCAGGCAUUGUCAAACCAAGUUUGCGAAAUUGAGUUUAUUUUCAUCCGAGAUUGAACUUGGAAGCUGUGUCAAGUGAGAGUCGAGCCGAAACCGUUUUCAGUUUGCGCUAAAGAGUGCGACGCCGACGUGAAUCGCCAAUCUGGUGAGACUUUCGAAUUGCCGCAGCCAUUUGCUACGUUGUUGGAAUUGGAACACACGCGGAAAAAAACGAUGCACUCGAUUGCCGAGGUGGGCACCAAUGUGCCUGCUUUCUUGGCCAAACUCUGGAAGCUGGUCGAGGCCAAUGAGUUCGACAAACUCAUUUGCUGGAGUGAGAAUGGAGACAGUUUCAUAAUCCACAAUCAAGCACAGUUUUGUAGAGAACUUCUUCCUCUGUAUUACAAACACAACAACAUGGCCAGUUUUGUGAGGCAGCUGAAUAUGUACGGUUUCCACAAAAAAGUAAAUGUAGAGUCGGGAGGCCUGAAGGUAGACCGGGAUGAAAUGGAGUUUGCGCAUCCGUUUUUUGUGCGGGACCAGCCGCAGCUGCUGGAGCGAAUCAAAAGGAAAAUCGCUGAAACCGGCCGCGGUGGAGCCAGGGGCUCUUGUCCCGACGUCAUCAACAAAGUCCUCGGCGACGUCAAACAGGUCAAAGGCCGCCAGGAAAACCUUGAUGGCAAGCUAACCUCCAUGAAGCGCGAAAACGAAGCUCUGUGGAGAGAGCUGGCCGUCCUGAGGCAGAAACACCUGAAGCAGCAGCAGAUCGUCAACAAGUUGAUACAGUUCCUGCUGACCGUGGUGCAGUCACCAAACCGCCUCAAUGUGAAGAGAAGGGUUCCCCCGCUUAUGCUGACGAACGACAAAGAGCACCACCACCAUCAUCACCACCACAGGCACCACAAACACCACCAAGGAGAAGGAUCACCUUCAACGUCUACCUCUGACUCGCACAUUUCUCUCAGUGCUCCUGUUUCUCCCACCUUCCUGGAGGGUGCAGUCAAAUCAAAUGAUGGAAAAGGUGGACCCACAAUCCACGAGCUGGACCCUGGUCAGGAGUACUCGAUGUCUGGCGACAGAGACGAAGAUAUUGACGCAGAGGAGGAGGAGGAGGAGGUGGACGUAGAUGAUCCUCAAGAAGAGAUUGCUGUAGCAGACUCUCCACCUAGCUCUGCCCAACAAACGUCUUUUGGAUACGUGUCAGGGUUGAACCCUGACUUGCUCCUCAACAACUUGAAUGCUGCUACAGAAGAAGAUGGACAAGCCCCCGCCAAGAACGAAAAUUCUGACAUUGCCCUGUUCAACAGCGGAAGCAAUAGUUCAGACGACGCGAUCUCCAAGUGGGCCAAUAACCCGCUAGGUGCUGAGCUCGACAGUCAUGUGGACCAAGUCCAAAAUGAAAUUGACUGUCUAAAGGAGCUGCUGCAGAAUGACAACUACAGUCUUGACGCCAACACCCUGUUGUCGCUUUUUACCGAUGACCCAGUAGCCCUGAACAUGGGCCUCCCAGCGCAGGAGAAGGAGGACAUGAACGCGGUCAUUGCUUGCAACCCUUCUCUGUUUGAUCUGACAGAGGACAAUGGCGAGACAGCCGCUGUUGGAAGCGAUUACCCCGAUAUGGCAGCUAAUCAAUCCGAACUGAACGAACUGGUGAUGGAUUUUAUUAUCAAGCAGGGAUCAGAGUCUGACUUGAUGACGCCAGAAUCGCUUUUGACUCCCCUCGUGUUUUCUGGACCGCCGUCAAAGAAGAGGAAGCACUAGUUGUUGAGCCUGCCAGGCAGCCCCCCGGCCCCGCCCCCUAACCCCCUGCACAGUGAAGACUGAGUGAGGAUUGAUGCCUCAUCUGCACGCGUGGAGGAUUGAAUCUUCUCACGCCUGCGUCCAUGUUAUAUUAUUCUCCGCGCGCGUAAAGUUUUGGGCACGCGUUUGCCUCAGAAAUAAUGUAUUAUCGCGGAAACGCGCGCCUGCUGCUGUGGAGGGGCAGAUUGUGUUUGGUUGUUACUGUAAUUGUGCAGGGAACGAGCCUGCCACCAACUAGCAUCCCGCAAAUAAAAUUAUUCGUUCAUUUCUCUUCUUUCCGGCUCUCAUUCGCGGUGAGCUUGAUUUCAGCGCACCUUCCAUUUUGUUUAUUUUUAUACUACUUUGAAGGUCGUAUGACUACUUGCUCUUUUCAUUCAUUCUACUAAUGUUCAGGUUUGCACAGAAAUAUCUCUGGGAUUUUAUUUGCCGAUCCUCGGAGAAUCGUUGUUAGCGUGACUAUUGAAGCAAAUGGAAGUCUUGCUUGGUUGUAGUGCAUGUGAUGAAAUUAACCAAAUGACUGAAUGAAUUGGCCUGAACUGUUGAUACAUAAUUAGUCCGAUAAAAUUAGCUUAUAAUGUAAGGUCAUCAAACAUAAAGGAUAAUAUAGGAUUUUAAAAGGAAAUGUAUGAAAAUGGUGAAUAAAAACUUUAAAACCUUA